AUGGAUAUUCAUGUUCUUCAAAGCCAGCCCGCCCAGAAGGUCGCGUUUAAAGGCUCUUCCACGGUUCGUGUGGAUUUGGUCCGCGGCGGGUUCCAGCCGCGCCUUCCGACUUCGCUGCCGCCCCCAGGGCAGCAGCAGCAGCCGUCGCCGCUACCACGCCGACAGCCCGUCCCGUUGAUGCCUCCCGCGCAGCUUCAUCCGGGAGCGCCCCAGGUGGUCGCUCCGGCGCCUGCGGUCCCUCUUCAGUCGCCACCGCCUUCGGAGCUGAUGGACGUCGACCCCUCAGCCGGGCCGCCUUCCCAAGCGGUGGCUGUGCAGCCUGUCCUGCAGCCGCUUUCCUUGGGCACCCCCAAGGAGUCUGACACCGCAGCGCCUUGUCCGGCGCCCACUCAGCAGCCGUCGCCGCAGCGUCAGGAGACGCUGCCUCUCUUCGUGGGUCCCGACGCCCCGUCGCGUCCAGUACCAGAAGCUGCGCCCGUGGUCACAGGCAAAGGAGGCAGCCAGUUCUCGGCGGGAGAAGUUUUGGGCUUUGUUCUUGAAGGGCUGCGCGAGUCAGCGGGCCAGCCGGUGGGGAACAAUGGCCGCUAG